AUGGUUCACCGAUUGGCACUAUUCGACCUUUUUCCUACUGUACCGUUGGGUCGCCCGCCUAUAUGCCGCCCACGCCAUUAUCCACUCUAUCACGUUCCUGGCCGCCUAUAUCAGUUUAGGAACAUAUUAUACCGAUAUAUACAAGCUUUACUGGAUCUGGGGUAUUGUAGCGACCUUUGCCUGGUUAUUCUUUUGUUCUAUGGCGUCUUGUGGCUUCGUCGCGCCUCGUACGAAAUAUUUUUAAUCCUUCACAUCCUUCUCGCCGUUUUCACCAUUAUCGGUUGCUGGUACCACGGCUUUACAGGUAUCUACAAAUUGUGGAUAUAUUUGGUAUACGCCGUAUGGUUCUUUGACCGGCUAGUACGUAUGUUACGCGUCGCUAAGAAUGGCGUCUAUCGCGCCACCGUAACCGAAAUAUUGGCCGAUACGGUCCGGGUUAACGUUGCGGGUGUACGAUGGACGUUUACGCCAGGACGCCACGCCCGCUGCGGGCUUAGGAAAACCACCCCUUUUCUAUCAUCCCAACGGCGCUUUUGCGGCCCCGUUCUGACGUUUAAAAGGCCAGUCCCGCCGGCUCCAUUAAAAAAAAAGACGCGUCGAGUUCUAACGACGUCGAAGGAGGUAAAGACGGCCGGCGGUAUUUCCCUCUUUAUCCGAAAAUAUAACGGCAUUACACGACUGUUACGCCGACAAACAAUCCUCCCCGUACUUCUCGACGGACCCUACCGCGGGACGCCCACCUACGCCGUAUUUCGAUACGACCGCGUUCUGUUGAUCGGCGGCGGUAUCGGCGUAACCGGCUUACUGGGCUGGGCCGAGCGCGCGGAAAGCAACGGGGACGCCUAUAUUCCAAAAAAUCGUUGCAAUUCUGGAUUGUGUAACGGACAAGGUGGUACGGCUGGGUGGGAGAUUAGACCCCGAAGCGUUAUUGGAAAAGUAGGUGAGGGCCGGAUGGGGGAGGGUUGGAAUUGUAAUUUACGGGCCCGCUGGCUUGUGCGAUACCGUACGUACGUGCGGCAAUGGUGCGUUUGGGCCGGAGGCAUAAAGAAACCGUAUUUAAAUUAG